AUGAGCUAUGACCCACACGAAGAGGGCCCAGGACCGCAAGAUCUUCAAAUUCUCCAGGUGCACGGUGAUCGAUGUGCCGAUGGUCGGCCCAACUGCCAAAUCGUUGGCUCGCUCCAUCCGUCUGCAGUGCGAUGCCUCUCCGGUACCCAUUACUCUUCCCCGCGGGGGAAGAUGGCUUCCACCCCCAACAUUCCUCUUUGCGGUUCAACCAAGCUAGGCCGCCCUUCGCCGGAAGACCGCUAUGAUGAGCAUGAAGACGACGAGGAAGAAGACGAAGAGAAUGAUGAUGGUGAACGUAAGCGUCUUACGGUCUCGUCCGAGUUGUUUGACAUCGCGUCCAGCGCGGCCAAACCAGAUCCCGAUGAGUUUGUUAACGCCUGGGGUCAGUAUCAAUGUGAAGCUGGGUCAGCCCAUGUCCUUCGACACGAUCAAGGAUCGCUGGGCUACUCUCCAAUUAGGUCGUCAACUCGAUCACUUGCUCACGUUCGACGGAUCGCACCCGGCCUCGUUCCUGUAUGCCGCCCUAGCCCUGAUGUCUGAGACAUCUUCAAAAAAGAUCAAUGCGAGUGAAGCGUAUCUACAACACUUUCCCGGGUCGCCAUGCGUGCUACGUCGAAAAGCUGGCCCCUUGUGGCUUGAGUACGAUAUUAGCGAAUGGGCGAGCUUCUGGACUCACUUGACGAGGACAUGUAGCGAGCGAUACGGCGUCGGACAGCGUCAUCAUCGUCGAAGUUUCGGACUUGAGCCUGGAGGCCACUGUACUCACGGCCAAACACCGAUGCCGUCGUCCCACCAGAGACCAUUUGAAACACACGGCGAGUGCCUUCCCACUGUCAACUUCCAAGUUUUGGACCUCUUCCAAGGCCGAAAUCGAGGCGAUGGUCGCCUUCAUGGAAGAGAAGAGGAAGGAUAAUUCUCUAUUGAAACCUCCACUACCCUUGCCGAUGUCGCUCGUGACGCUUACUCCCAGGUCUCGACUCAGACCGAGUCCAAGAAGCGCCCACUCGCCGAAUCGAGUGAAAAAUUCCACGACAACAUCGCGAAACGUUCUCUUCUUAGCGUGGCUAAGCUCGACGCCCCUCCAGAAGGAGGGCUUAGUUGAGCUUACAGCGUGGCCAGCCUUCACACCUGUCGCGAAUCAUAAGACUUCGUCAGUCGCGCCUCAAACGACCAGGAUUUUCGCUCGACACCACCCAACGACUUUCAGACGUUCGCGGCCAACUGAUCCAGCACCCGUUCCGCGCUCCUCUGCAUCGUUUGCGGAUCGACAUCCUUGGACCAUCCACCCACCCAACUCUGCCACGAAUUCGAUCCGGAGGCCUUCACUCGUUCCUCGUCCGGAGCUUUAUAUCACGAAUCCUCCAAACCCCAGGUGUGCUUUGCCUUCACCCGGUGA